UGGAUGUAUGGUUGCUAAGAUCACUGUGUGUUAUUGUCGUUUGAGGCAGUUAAUCUCAUAGUUUGUGUAUAUACAAUUUGAAUAAUUCUUGUGUGUAUUUGUUUAGUAAAGAAAGCAUCACAUAAACUGUUUAUCAUAUAACAUUAAUUGACUUCUUCUAUACGCUUAACGGAUUGGUCCAUUGUGAUACUGUGAGGGACAAAAACAAACAACUGGUUCUGUGCGAUCUUUCUCGAAUGGUGCAUCAAAUAUCAUAGAGCAAGUUGUCGAUAAAUAUAUCACAACUCAUCAGAUUCCAAAUCUUUUCUGCAUACGUUAACAGACGUAUGCAUUGUUUUACAGAAACGUGUUCAUUUUGUGAUCAGCUUAUAAGUGAACGAUAGAGGUUAGCGUCUGGCCGAGUUGAAGAAUUUGUAUCGUACGACGAAGUCUUGAAGCAUAUUUAUUGUACAUUUUUUUUAUAGCUGUGCCAAAAGCAUAUGUUACACAACACGAAUGCUUUUGUGAAAUUGUACGGAAGCAUUGCUUUGUUACGACGCAAACUCUAAGCCUGAAGCGCGUUCUCUAGAGCUCUCAGUGGUUCUAAAUGACAAAUGCAAUGGGAGGAGCAAAUCUUCGUACACCUUCGUCCAUAUUUCAACACAUGAUGGGUCAACAAAGUACAUCACAAUCUGGGCCAUGGUUACAAAUGCCACAAGUGCCUCCAAUGUCAAUAUCAUGGAGUUUGCCAGCCAUGCAGCAACCUGAAUUAGUCAGAUUUACUGGUGGACCAAGUUUUGAACCUAUUGCCCACCAGAAGAGAAAAUUUGAAACACCUGAUCUGUUGGAUACGAGGCAGACAAAACAAUUCAUAACGGAAGAAAAAAUGGCUGCGCACUUCAAGGAUCUGCACAUUAGUUCUAGUUUUCAGUCACACUCUUCGGUAGCAUCAACUUCAACAGCUGGUAUACAACCAUCGAACCUCCCUAAGGAGCUGAACAUGGAACUAGACAUGGAUGCAGCUAAUGUUGUUGAUGCAGAUCAAACGAAAUCUGGACAUCCCAGAUUGAUUCUAUCCGAAGAAUUAAAAAGACUCCAACAGGAACCCAUUCUUCCAUCUUCUUUGUUAUCCAAAUUAGAGAGGCCCUCCAUGGCUCUAGUUCUUUGGGAACCACCAAACAAACAUUUACGUAUCUUACCAACGCGAGAUACACCGACUCCUAUACCAAGUGCGUCCGACGAUAACAAUAACAAUAAUAAUAAUAAUAACAACAACAACAACAACAAUAAUGAAACUAUGUCUGAUCUAAAUCAAACAGUAUCAAGUAAUCGCUUAGUUUUUGAACCAAUGGAAUUAUGAAGGUAAUUCACUGGCAUAUUGCAUUCACAUUUUCGUAUACUGUUAGAAGAGGAAGAGGAAAAAGAAGAAGAAGGAUACGAUAUUGUGUUCUAAAAUGUAUGUAAAUUAGGUGAAAAAAAAAAAAAUCUGUCAUACCUUAUAUUUUUUAUUCGAUACUGUUGCACUUGUGGAGUGUUGUAAAAUAAUAGGUAUGAAGCCUUCUUAUCGAAUGAAUUGGUUAACUAAUUAUUCACUGAGGUUUUGUUACAAUUAUGUCUUUGAGUUAAAGAAAUAAAAAUACAAAAAUAGUCAUAAUCAGAUAAUCAACUUCGUUUUGUAUGUUAAAUAUGAUUUGCGUGCGUAUAUUAUACACAGGAAAAAAAAUAGAAAAAAAAGGAAUUUAUUCAUUAAUAAAUGCGUUCACGGAUUUAAUGUAAAACUCAGUAUUAUUGUAAUCAUUAUUAACACAUUAAGCCAAAUAAUUCGAUAGAUAUUAAUUUCUUCUAUGUUUGGAGUGUUAUGUUGGAUAGUUUGUUUCGUUAUAAAAAGGAAAGUACGAUUUAAGGAAAUGGAAUGCAUAAGGAAUGUAUAAAACUAAAAAUACAACUUGGUAGUUUUAUUUCUAUACUGUAUGUAUACAAUGUAAUGUUAAGGCCAUCGUAUGAAGUACAAUUCAAUUCAUUGUAUGAAUGACAUUUCGAUUAUCGCGAAUAAAUCUGAUAUGUUUUUGGAUGUAUGUUGAUUUUGCAUAAAAACAUGACAAGAUUUUAUUAA